UCGCCGCCCAAACCCAAUCCCCAACCCAAUCUCCUGAGUGCGGUGCCGCGCCCCUGCAUCGCCUGCAUCACUCGGCACCAUGGCCUCCUGCGUCGCCGGAUCAGGGUGCCACCACCGUGCGGGCCCCGACCCCGCACCCCACGGCGGCCGGAGACGAUGGCGAGGAAGGGCUCGGUCCCCUGACGAAUCCUCCUCCCUCCAUGCCCGCACGCCUCGAUCCCAUCGACCCAACGCCCAGGCCCAGCACGCACUGCUGCCAUGGACUCCACCGCGGGGACGGAUCUGGGGAAGAUCGUGGGCGUGUUCUACCAGGCCGAGGACGGGGAGCACAGCCGCCACCUCCUCGCGCUGCUCGCCACCUCCCUCACCGUGCUCGACGCCAUGCAAGGUGCACAGCCUAGUAGGAGACCACGGCUUCGUCUGCUUCUUCCGUUGUUGUGUGGUUGACGACGACGACGACGCGGCCGUGCGGUCGGUGCCCUCUGAAGCCGCUCGUACGGGCCGUGCCGUGCCGGAGGAGGGGUCCAGAUCCGGGCCUCACCAAGAUCAAUCGUCACUGGAACUCGGGGGGACAAGAUGGACGUGCCUCUGCUGGUCCCCGAGCUCCCUCCUCUCGAUUCUUCCUUGUGCUACUCAGGGCCGCUCAGUCCGACUCUGCGGACGUAAACCUCCCAUGGCGUGGACGGCGACGACGACAGGAGGAUGCCAGUUCUGGUCGGGAACAUGGCCUUGUCCUGCUCGAGGAGGGACGCACCUAGGCACCGGCCCUGUCCGGCAACAAGGGGUCUACUCCUCUGCUUCCAAGGCAACCAAGUUGCCCUGCCUGAGCUCGACGAGUCAAGCCCGGCCACGACCAUGCACCACUCCCAGCAGGGUGACAGAGGAAGCCAUGUUGCCGUUUUGUUCGUUCCCAACCCCGACUGGUCGUCCGACGAGUCUGUCAUGUUGUCAUUUUCUUGUAAAGUAGUACUGUAUCAUACUUGUAGAGCUCGUUACACUUGUAGAGCUUGUAAAGUACUGUAUUACACACGGUCAUAUGUACUGGCACAGAUAGAGCUUACUGUUGUUGCCAAUGUAUUACUUGAUCUGGUUGCUCUUCUUUAAAGUAUUAUGUGUGCUUUUUGUCUGCCAAUUUAAAUACUGGUUGAAAUAUGAAGAAUAUGAGCCUGAUAGAUGGGACCCACUUACCAGAACAUGACAAAUGGGACCGA